GGUAGCAGCAAGUGGUUGGGCCGUGCGCAUUUCCUUCCCUCCCUCUCGGCCUCCGAGCAAGCCCGCGGUGCCCGGUGCUCGGUGCGCGGAGCCCGCGGCUCCGCUCCGCGUGCCUUCCCCGCCGCCACGCCGCUCCCUUCCCCGCCGGUCCAUGUCCCUGCCCGUGGUGCUCCCGGGCUCCUGCUGCCCGGUGGCUGGGCUCUCGGGCGGGCCGCAGGCAGGGGGCCCGGGCGCCGCGGCCGCCCAGGAGCCGCCGCUGCCCCCACUGCGGCCGCGCUGGCCCCGGGCGGCGCUGCAGCCCCCGGUGCGGCCUCGCUGCGCGGCCACCGGCGCCGGGGUGCUGGCCGCGCCGCCCCCGCUCUCCUCCCGCCGGGCGGCCGCCGCCGCCGCCCGGGGCUCCGCUCUCCUCCCGGCUCGCCCGCUGCUGUCGCUCGGGCUGCUGCAGCUGACCCUGGGCUGCUGCAUGGUGGCGCUCAGCUUCGGGGCGCUGUCGCUGAGCAGCUCCCCGCAGGUGAAGAACUCGUGCCCGUUCUGGGCGGGCUCCUCGGUGAUACUCUCUGGAAUCAUAGGAUUAACAACUUGGAAACGGCCUAUGAUCCUUCUGGUGAACCUCUUCGUGCUGCUCUCUGUGGUGUGUGUCCUCUUAAAUUUAGCUGGAUUUAUCUUAGGCUGCCAAGGGGCCCAGUUUGUGUCCAGCGUGCCCAGGUGUGACCUGGUGGACUUAGGUGAAGGCAAGAUUUGCUUCUGUUGUGAAGAAUUUCAACCAGCCAAAUGCACAGACAAAGAGAAUGCCUUGAAGCUCUUUCCAGUUCAGCCUUGUAGUGCUGUUCACCUUCUACUUAAGAAAGUCCUUUUUGCUCUGUGUGCCUUGAAUGCCCUGACCACUACUGUUUGCUUGGUGGCAGCUGCCCUUCGCUACCUCCAGAUAUUUGCAGCCCGGAGAUCCUGCAUCGAUGAAUCUCAGAUUUCUGCAGACGAGGUGGAAGAGCAUGGACGCAUCCCGGACCCUGAGGACUUUGUGCCCCCAGUGCCUCCCCCUUCCUACUUCGCCACGUUGUACUCGUGCACACCCUGGAUGAGCCGCAGGAUGGGUGCUCCUGAUGUUAUUCCACUGCCACAUAUCUAUGGAGCACGAAUCAAAGGCAUGGAAGUGUUCUGUCCUCUGGACCCCCCACCUCCAUAUGAAGCUGUGGUGCACCAGACGGACCAGGAGCAGGUCCUGCCAGAGGGUUCCUCUUUGGGAUCUGCUUUCCAAGUGCCAGAAAGAUCAGAAGAUGCCACAAGUCUGUUGGAACCGCCAAUCUGCACACCAGUGACUCAAGGUAGGGACAUUCCUAACACACCUGGAGAAGAAAGCGCAUCCAUAUCAGUUCCCAACUCUAACCAGCCACAUCCUCCGUGGAGCCAGAAAGCCCUCCAGCCCCUGAGGACAAGAUCGAAGAGCGACCCUGUGCUCCAUCAUUCUGCGGAGAGAGCUGCCCCGGUGCUCAGCUGCGAAGCCGCAACUCAGACUGAGGGCAAACCCGAUCUGGCUGAGGUGACCUUGAGGAGAGGUUUGAGAUCCAGAGCUUUGAGAUGCAGACCACAGUCCUUAAUAGAUUACAAAUCUUACAUGGACACCAAGCUGCUGGUGGCGCGGUUCCUGGAGCAGUCCUCCUGCAGUAUGACCCCGGACAUCCACGAACUCGUAGAAAACAUUAAGUCUGUCUUGAAGUCUGACGAGGAGCACAUGGAGGAAGCCAUCACCAGCGCCAGUUUCCUGGAACAGAUAAUGGCCCCUUUGCAGCCCAGCGCUUGCAGGGCCCACGCGCAGCCCUCGCGGAGGCAGCCCGGCCUGCUGCACCUGCGGAGCUGCGGAGACCUGAGCACCUUUGUCCCGGCGGGGAGGCCAAGAGCCAAGAGGAGGCCCCGGCGAGCGGAGGCCGAGCGGCCGCACAGCCUCAUCGGUGUCAUCCGAGAGACCGUCCUGUGAACCUGCAGGGCCAGGCUCCCGCAUCGCUGGGAAAGCAGGAAGGAGGCAGCCGUGCGCUGGAGGGGAAGGAUGCCCUUGCUCCUCGCGGCUUCCUGGCUGGGGUUGAGCUUCCCCUCGUGAGCUCCCCUGAAGGCGGGCAUUUGGGAGGACAUUCGUGCCUGCUCUUUGGCCCCCUUCCUGCUGAUUGAGGGCAGUCAAGGAUGCUUGAGCAGCUCCUGGAAGGCUCAUCUGGCUUCUGGACGCCCCCACUGCCAUGAAGGCAGUGUCUCUCUGGCCUCUACCGGGUCACAUACCCGCUGUGGGCAGAAACCGGGCUAAUGAGUCUUUGCCCACCGCACCCCGCCAUGGCUCACUUCCUGGCCGGUUCUCUCCCUCCUUGAAGGACAGGCCUGUGGUUCCAGACCCUGCAGCCGUUCGCACUUGGCACGGAAGUGGGGUGAUUAACCUCCAUGUUCUGCAAUCGUCAGCCUCAUUUUAGGUCACCCUCAAAUCACGCUCUUUAGGAAAAACAGGAAACUUUUUCAGUGACAAAUUGUAAUGAAAGAUAGGGAGAGCUCUUGUUGAUUACAUUUAUUCCUGCCUGCAAAACUAGACUGCUAAGACAGAACUGAGAAUAAAAAUGUUUACAUUAGA